GCUCUGCGACAGCCUGAUGAUCUGGCUGCAGACAUUCAAUACUGCCUCACCCUGUCAAGAUGUCAAACAGCUGACUAAUGGAGUUGCCAUGGCACAAGUUCUUCAUCAAAUUGAUGUAGCUUGGUUCAAUGAAUCUUGGUUAAGCCGAAUUAAAGAGGAUGUUGGAGACAACUGGAGAAUAAAGGCUAGUAACUUAAAGAAGGUUCUUCAAGGAAUUAUGAGUUAUUACCAUGAGUUUUUGGGGCAGCAGAUACCUGAAGAACUUAUCCCUGAUUUAAACCAAAUAACUGAAUGUUCAGAUUCUGUGGAGCUUGGGAGGUUACUUCAGCUUAUUUUAGGCUGUGCAGUCAACUGUGAAAAAAAGCAAGAACAUAUUCAAAAUAUAAUGACACUGGAAGAGUCUGUUCAGCAUGUGGUCAUGACUGCUAUUCAGGAGUUGAUGAAUAAAGAAAUCUCAAGCUCUUCUACAAAUGACGCUGUGGGAGAACUGGAGCAGCAGCUUAAAAGAGCCUUGGAAGAACUUCAAGAAGCAUUAGCAGAAAAAGAAGAGCUGAGGCAGAGAUGCCAAGAACUUGAUAUGCAGGUAACUGCACUUCAAGAUGAGAAGAAUUCUCUGGUUUCUGAGAAUGAAAUGAUGAAUGAAAAACUUGACCAGUUGGAUGGUUCUUUUGAUGAUCCAAAUACAAUGGUUGCAAAAAAAUAUUUUCAUGCACAGUUACAACUCGAACAAUUACAAGAAGAAAACUUCAGGCUUGAAGCUGCAAAAGAUGAUUACCGAGUUCACUGUGAAGAACUUGAAAAGCAACUGAUUGAAUUUCAGCAUAGGAAUGAUGAAUUGACUAGUCUUGCUGAAGAAACAAGAGCCCUGAAAGAUGAAAUAGAUGUUCUGAGGGCUACCUCUGAUAAAGCAAAUAAACUGGAGUCAACAGUUGAAGUAUAUCGUCAGAAGCUACAAGAUCUGAAUGACCUCCGCAAGCAGGUGAAAACUUUACAGGAAACUAACAUGAUGUACAUGCAUAACACGGUCAGCUUAGAAGAAGAAUUAAAGAAGGCAAAUGCAGCACGUACGCAGUUAGAAACAUACAAAAGGCAGGUUCAGGAUCUUCACAUUAAACUUUCAUCUGAAUCAAAAAGGGCAGACACGCUAGCAUUUGAAAUGAAGCGGCUUGAGGAAAAACAUGAAGCUCUACUUAAGGAAAAAGAGAGAUUAAUCGAGCAGCGUGAUACCCUGAAAGAAACAAAUGAAGAACUUCGGUGCUCGCAAGUACAACAGGAUCACCUAAACCAAACAGAUGCUUCUGCCACAAAAAGUUAUGAGAAUCUUGCUGCUGAAAUUAUGCCAGUGGAAUAUAGGGAGGUAUUUAUCCGACUGCAACAUGAAAAUAAGAUGCUUCGCCUACAGCAGGAAGGAACCGAGAAUGAGCGAAUCGAGGAGCUUCAGGAGCAGCUGGAGCAGAAGCACCGCAGGAUGAACGAAUUGGAAACCGAGCAAAGACUGAGCAAAGAGCGCAUCCGAGAACUGCAACAGCAAAUCGAGGACCUCCAGAAGUCUUUGCAAGAGCAAGGUUCCAAGUCUGAAGGUGAAAGUUCCAGCAAACUAAAGCAGAAGUUGGAAGCUCAUAUGGAAAAGCUAACAGAGGUCCAUGAGGAAUUACAGAAGAAACAAGAGCUCAUUGAAGAUCUUCAGCCAGAUAUAAAUCAAAAUGUACAAAAGAUCAGUGAACUUGAAGCUGCUCUUCAGAAGAAAGAUGAAGAUAUGAAAGCAAUGGAGGAAAGAUAUAAAAUGUACUUGGAAAAAGCCAGAAAUGUGAUAAAAACUUUAGAUCCCAAACUAAAUCCAGCAUCAGCUGAAAUAAUGCUACUCAGAAAGCAGUUGGCAGAAAAAGAGAGAAGAAUUGAAAUACUAGAGAGUGAAUGUAAAGUAGCAAAAUUCCGUGAUUAUGAAGAAAAACUCAUUGUUUCUGCGUGGUAUAAUAAGAGUCUAGCGUUCCAGAAACUGGGGAUGGAGUCUAGACUUGUGAGCAGCAGUGGUGCGUGUAAAGAGGCUGGUGUGUGUACCCCUGCACGGUCUUUCUUAGCACAACAACGGUACAUCACCAACACCAGAAGAAAUCUCUCUGUUAAGGUCCCUGCUACAUCAGCUGAUUAAAUUGCAAAAGAAAACAUAAACAGAAGUGCCCUUAAAAUAUUUUGUACCUUUCAACAAUUACCCGAUUGAAAAAGAAGUUCAUGAUGUUGUGAUAUUUUCAAAUCGAAAUGCCUCAAACUAGUUUUGCCAGCUGACUUUGAAAACAAAGUAUAGAACUAGUUAUCUUUCUGAGGGAGUACAUUUGAAUAAUUGGAAGAUGCAUUAGGCACACAUCUCGGAAGACCUCUGUCUUUAGAGUGUUGUAAUUUCCAAUUGACUCCGUGUAUUUUAGUUUAAUGUUUUCAGCUUUACCAGUAACUCGAUUAAUAGGUAAUCAGCAAUAUAUAAUUUUAAAAUGUACCUAGAUUUGUUUUAAUUCUGGGGUCCAUUUAAAAUGGUCUUGAGGUAGGUACAUAGAGAACCGUACGAGAGUAAGCUCUCUCUGACUCGGUAUGUAUGAAGUUUCCCUUCUGUCCUCUCAUUGUGUCAUUGAACGCAUGCGGUUUAUCAUGUCACGGAAGAGAGAACAUUUGCAAGAUUUUACAACUGGGAUGACAUCGUCAUGGGAAAUGCAAUUAAUGGGAAACUGCACAUUCUGAAGAGGGUCUAGUCCUCUCGUGUGCCUGUUGUAAACAAGGGCUUCUGGACAGCAACACGACAAUGUUAAGGGGGAAGUAAGCUGACAUUUGUUAAGAGGUAAAAACAGGCUAAAAUACAGACUUUAUGUGACAUAUCCACAUACUUUUUAAUAUAACUAGUGAGGACUUCAAUGAUUGCUUUUAAGCAUAAACUUUUUAAGCACAACUUCUGCUCAAAAAAGAUACACCACGGAAUAAUAGUUUUGUGUCUUCAUCAAGAAGAGAUGUUGCAAUGACACAACUUUCAACAGUCAGUCAAUCAACAGUUUGAUUUUAUUUACCAGUUAAAGAGGAUGUCUUGGGCUGUUUGUGGUAUUUAGUUUAUUUCUGCCCAGAGCUAUUAUUUUCAAAGGUCUUACUUUCUAAAUUUGGAGGCCAUUUUUUAAAGGUCACCACUUUGGAAUUUUAGUUACAUUGUAUUAAAUCUGUGCUAAUGUUGUAGUCACGAACUGUAUGCAGCGAUUUAAGUGAACUUAAUUAAAAUUUAAAAUUUGGUUCCUUGGUUGCACCAGCCAUAUUUCAAAUGCUGGGUAACCACAUGGCGAGUGGCUACUGUACUGAUGGUGCAAAUGUAGACUUUCCCUUAUUGUAGAAUUUCUAUCGGGUAGUGCCAUACCGUCUUUUUCAUGAUAAUCAGGAAGUACUCUUUGAUAUUAGACCACAAACAUGAAAGAAGAAAAACAUUAGAAUUAUUUCAGAUAUGAAAAGGAAUUGUGACAUAAGUAGCCUGAAAUUCUGUCUAGUUGAAUACUUUCUCUGGUGACAACUGUAAUUAAUCUUUCCAGUGCUGUUCAACAGAUCCAUACCUGUUAGCACUAUGUCUAGGCCAAGUGUCAGCACACUUUCUGUAAAGGGGCAGUAGUUGUUUUAGAAAGAUCUUGAGCUUUUGGGGCUACCUGGUCUCUAUCUCAACUCUGCCUUUACAGCGUGAAAGCAGUCAGCCACGUAUGAUGUGCAAAGUGGGUAUGGCUGGGUUCCAGUAGAAUUUAUUUACAAAAAUACGUGGUAGGCCAGAUUUAGCUUGCAGACUAUAGACUCGUGAUCUAGAUUUUAUUUCUAGCCUUUU